AUGAGCUUUCGGUUUUACUUUCAUUUUGGAAGCAUGGCUGCUUCGAUUGUAAAACGAGUCAGUCGAGUGAAAAAAUUAAACGUUUCUCAUAUUUCAGCCAGAUAUAAAUUGUUAACUGGAUUCAGACAUUUUUCAACAUCAAAACAAUGGAAUAAAGCACUAGUGUUAGGCAUGUAUGAGAAUGAAUCUACAGACUCCAUUGAUUUUACUGGAACAGCAAGAAAAUUUGAUGAAAAGGCAGAUGGAAAAAUUUCACAGCUGUUGCUAACAGUAAAGAAGCCACUAAAAUGUGGAAAAACAAGGACACUACAUGCAGUAGACCCAGAGUUUUCCUCAGUGUUAGUGACCUGCAUUGGAAAAAGAGGAGAGGGUUAUGAUGAACUGGAGACAGUGGACAAAGGGAGAGAAUCCAUUAGAGCUGCAGUGGCAAAAGCAGUUCUACAGUUAAGAGAGCUAGGUGAAAAUGAAAUUGAAGUAGACUCUUGCGGGGACACUGAAGCUUCUGCAGAGGGAUGUCAUCUAGCGUUGUUCUCUUAUGAUGACCUGAAGGCCGAGAAAAGUCGAAAGCCAGCAGUCAGGAUUUCUUGUGCAACACGCUACAGCCAAGACAAAAACAGCAUGGAAAAAGAAUGGAGAAAGGGAGCAAUUUUAGCAGAGGGCCAGAAUCUCUCAAGGCGACUGAUGGAAAUGCCAGCUAAUCUUCUUACACCCACAAAAUUUGCAGAGAUCAUCAAAGAACAACUGGCUGACAAGUGUGAAGUUCUGGUCAGGGAUAAAGACUGGGCGGAGUCAAUGAAGAUGGGAUCAUUUUUAUCAGUAGCUAGAGGAUCGGUAGAACCUCCUGUAUUCUUGGAAAUUGAGUAUAAAGGGAGACAAUCGGACAGCCCUCUGGCUCUAGUUGGGAAAGGAGUCACUUUUGAUACUGGAGGAAUCUCUAUCAAGCCUUCCCAGGGCAUGGAUGCCAUGAGGGGGGACAUGGGUGGGGCUGCCUGUGUGGCGGGCAGUCUCCUAAGUGUCAGUAAACUACAACUACCUGUUCAUGUCAAAGCAUUUAUACCAUUAUGUGAGAAUAUGCCAAGUGGCUCAGCAACUAAGCCUGGGGAUGUAGUUACUGCAAUGAAUGGGAAAACAAUACAGGUAGACAACACUGACGCAGAGGGACGACUUAUUCUGGCUGAUGCUCUGUGUUAUAGUGAACAGUUCAACCCUUCCCUCAUCCUAGACAUGGCAACUCUAACAGGUGCAAUAGAUGUUGCUCUCGGGGCAGGUGCUGCUGGUGUUUUCACAAACUCAGAAAACAUGUGGAACAAACUGCAAAAGGCCAGUGUAAGAUCUGGGGACAGAGUGUGGAGGAUGCCACUGUUCAAUCAUUACACAAAGAAAAUAACAGAAUGUCAACUAGCCGACCUUAACAACAUUGGAGGGUCAAGGUCAGGCGGAGCCUGUACAGCAGCGGCCUUCCUCAAGGAAUUUGUAAACAACAAAAACUGGCUUCAUCUAGAUAUAGCUGGUGUAAUGUCCAACAGUGGAGAUGUAGCAUAUCUAGGGAAGGGCAUGUCAGGACGACCAACUAGAACUGUGAUAGAAUUCAUCAACCUGAUGAGUAAAGAAACCAACAAUUGAUGAAAUUAUAUUUCUAUAGAUGUCAGUUGUAUUUAAUUGUGUGAUUCAAAGAUGAACUUUGAGUUGUAUCAUGAUAUGAUUCAUGUUUGCAUGUGUGUCAAAAAUAAAAAAUAAUAAUGAU